GACAAAGGUGGAGAAGAAACACUGUUUCGAUGAGCAGACGGGAAGCUAUGUGAUAAGGUUAUAAGAAAAACUAUUAAAAACAACAACAUUUUUUCUAUUAUUAGACCACCAUCUAUUGCAGUGAUUGACUGGACAUCGACAAAAUGACCAACUGGAAGCUGAUUUUUUGCAGCCUAUGUUUAAUCUCAGUGAUGUCGGCUACAUUUGGACUGGAAGUGACAAUGAGUCAAGCGUCCAUGGAGGUUGCCAGAGGUGAUGAUGUCAGACUCAUGUGUACUUUUAAACCUAAGAAACCAGAAAAUGACCUUAUCAUUGUAACAUGGAUUGGUGAUGCUGAUGAGACAUCUGGGGACAAGGUCCUUUUUGGAAACUACUACUCCAAUACUAAUAAAGUAGACAUUGAUCCUCAAUAUGUAAACAGAGUCUCAAUAGAAACAGACCUUACCACAAAAACAUCAACGCUGACAAUAAAACAAGUCACUCAGAAGGAAAGCAGAAAAAUUAGAUGUUAUGUUCAGAUCCCUGGAGACAUCGAAGGCAAACCAGCAGACACUACUUUUCUUUUGGUUCAGGUUGCACCAUCACAGCCUGUUUGUAAGGUAGUAGGGACAGCAGAAUACGGACACAAUAUUAGCCUAACCUGUGUCUCUGAGGAAGGUUCACCAGUACCCACGUACAAAUGGGAGAGAUAUAGCGUCAAAAAUGUCCCACAAGGGUUUCCUAUCAAAACCACUGAGAAGGAUGGAGUUCUGUCUUUGGUCAAUGUAUCAAGUGAGACAUCAGGGUACUAUAUUUGCCUGUCAAGCAAUAAGGUUGGAUCAGCUAAAUGUAACAUGACAUUGUCCAUACUGCCUCCGUCCAUGAAUCUUGCCACAAUAGGCAUUGUUGCUGGUUGUGUUGCUGGAGCUGUAGUGCUUCUAAUAGUCAUCAUCUGCUGCUGCCGCAAACGCAAACAAAAACAGAAGCUAAAAGAGUAUCAAAUGGAAAAACCAGCAGUGGAAUACCAUGACAAUUCACCUCUAGAAAAUAUUGACGAAAGGAAUAUAGACACCAUUGCCAUCACUGACGAGAGAACUGGCAAGGCUCGAAAUGAUAACUUUGAAGAUCGGUAUGAUGACAGUGGAAGUGGCCGUGAUGACUUCAGAGGCCGCGAAAAUCACAAAGGAAGCCGCGAUGAACUCAGAGAUCGCAAUGAUGAUCGCAGGGGAAGUCGCGAUGAGCUCAGAGAUCGCAAUGAUGAUCGCAGAGGAAGCCAUGAUGAACUGAGAGAUCGAUACGAGGAUCGAAGAGGAAGUCGUGAUGAACUUAGAGAUCGCUACGAGGAUCGCAGGGGAAGUCGUGAUGAACUAAGAGAUCGAUAUGAAGAUCGCAGGGGAAGUCGUGAUGAACUAAGAGAACGCUAUGAUGACCGCAGAGAUCAAUAUGAUGACCGUAGAGAUCAAUAUGAUGAUCGUAGAGAUCACUAUGAUGAUCGCAGAGGUAGUCGUGAUGAUCUUAGAGAUCGGUAUGAUGACAGAAGAGAUCGGUAUGAUGACCGAAAAGGUAGUCGUGAUGACCUUAGAGAUCGCUACAGAUAAAAUCAUUUAGAUCAAUAUAAUAAUCAACACCUCUGAUAGCACACGUACAUUGAGACAUUGUCUGCUGUUUGUGUAAAUAUCUGAAGGACGCAUUUAUUAGAGAGCAUCUAUUAAAUGUCUAUUUUUAGUUGUUAAAUAGACAAUUAAAAUAUGUUUCAAAUUUAGAAUUUUCGUCUAGCAGGCAUUUUAAAUACAUACUAGAUCUUUGAACACUGCAGAUUAUGGCUGCACAAUCUAUCGUUUCAGAAACGAUAUCGCAAUGAGCGCAUCCGCAGAAGUCACAUCACAAGAUGUAGAAUUAGAAUUAUAGUUGAAUAGGAGGUCAAAACACACAUGAUUGUGGAAAAAUUGCUAAGUUUAACCAUAAAAUUACCAAAAAGUGUAUAAUUAGCAUGUGUUUUAAAGCCUGUGACUGUGUACGUAUUUCAAGCCCAAUUAAAGCAUUUAGGCACAGAAAAUUUAAAUUUUAAUAACUUCAAGAAAGAUUAAUUAUAUUUAUGUACAGUAAACAUGCAAUGACGAUUAUACAGUGUUAUUUGUUUUUAAUGUAAUUAAUCAGUUUGUGUACCUGAAUACUGUUAGAAGUCCAGAAAAAAACAUACAGGUAAAGCAUUUAAUUAAUUUCUAACUUUGCUUUACUGUAUUUAUCAUGCGAUUUGGUUCAUUAUGCAGAUGUGCUUCACUACAAAAUCAUCCUAUAAUCAUCCAAUAUUAUCCCUAAAUAUAAAUUCUUUCCAAAUAGAGGUAUUGAUUUAAUCUGUUAAAAUAUACUCAAUAUCGCAAUGUCAGUUUUUUUCCAAUAUUGGGUUGUGCGAUUAAUCUAAGACGAAUUGCAAUCAUGAUUUGAAACAUUGCGAUUAGCUAAUCGCAAGAGGUUGUGAUAUGGAAUACAUUUGUAUUAUUUAAUUUCCCCCGCCCAGAGCAAAUACAUGACUGCCUUGAUAGUCUUACUAGCCAAUUGAGUGAGCACACUUUCAUUCUGCCCAAUCAGAACUUUUCAAUCUGCCUCUUAUCAGCCAUGUUAGCUUGUUGAGUGUUCUGUAUUUUUAUAAUUCAAUUUUUUUAUUAAGCUACAUUAUCUCCCUAAUUUGAGUUUAUAGAAAGUAAGUUCAUUUUAUUUGAGCUUACUGAUUGCUCUAGAGCAGGGGUUGGGAACCUUUUAAAGAGCCAUUUGGAUGUGUGUGUGUAUAUAUAUAUCAAAAUGCCUCUUUAAAAAUGCAUUUGUUACUGUAUUACUACUAUAAAUAAUACAGGUUUAAACAGAACCGUAAUUUAUGUCCAAGCACAACUUAAAAAUAAACAAGUAUAAAGCAUCACGUUGAGCAAGUCCAUGAAUGAAGAAAGAACGUCCUUUUAUUGUUAACAGAGUUCUUAUUUAUUUUGCUGUAAAAAUUACAGUAAAGAGGGAAUUGUAAUUGUAUUUUCGAUAAAAAAAACUGAUUUCUAGUGACGGUUAUUUUUUUUAAAUAUAAAAUAUUAUUGAAGGAAGACAACUGGAGAGCCACGUAUUUUUGGUCAAAAAGCCACAUGUGGAUCGAGAGCCAUAGGUUCCCUACCACCUAAUUUCUAAUUAUUUAAAAGGAAAUUUGAAUAAAUGUUGAAGUUAAUAUCCUUUUUUAAAACUAACUCGCACUGCAUUUUAGCAGUAAGAAGCUACAAUACAGAUUAUUAAGCUGAAGCUUGACUACAAAAUUAAAUUGCAAAUCAAAUCAUAAUAUCUGUCAAAAAAAAUGCAAUUAGAUAUUUCCCCCAAGUGCACAGUCCUAUCUUGCAGCCCUACUGAAGAUGCUUUGCAGACCAAGCUAUCUUUAAAUUACAUCUUGCAGAUGUACCUGUGCUAUCUGGGAUGUUUGGUUAUGAACUACUCGGUUUUGACAGCCAUUAAAAUUGGGAUUGCUACAAGUAGGACAACAUGAUAUUUACUUGCUUCAUCAGAUGGUAGCUGUUCAAUGUAUUUUUCUUCUCCAGUUAAUUCAAAACAAUGCUGUCCUUAAUCUUUCUAAUGUUUUACAAUUGUUUUCUUGUGUUGAUUAAAUCUGUAACACUUUACAAUAACAGUACAUGAAUAAUGAUGUAUUAAUAUGUAAACUAAACAUUACUUUAUUAUGAAUUAAUAAUGAGUUAAGAUGUGUGCUAAUGAUUAACUAACUUUAACUACAACGUGAUUCACAAGAGUUCAUGUGUGAAUAACGGCUACCUUGAUUAUUUGUUAGUUCACCUUGUUAAUUAAUGUAUUAAUUAACAUUUAAGUUUUAGCUAAAUUUAACCAACAUGAACUCAUGAGGUGUUAAUGUAUAAUUUUGUCAUGACUUUACUUGGAGAGGCACAUCACCAUGAACUCAUCCGUAACUACUCAUGAACUCCUGUGUUUAAACUGUUCAUGUUGAUGUUGACAGACUUUUCCGUGUAAACACGCUAGACGGAUGUGCAUAAGGAGUUCAUAAGUAGUUAAGAAUGGAUUAAUGAUGAUGUGCCCCUCCAAGUAAAGUCAUGAUAUGAUUAUGCAUUAACAUGAGUUUAUGAUGAUUAAAUUAAGCAUAAACUAAUGUGUCAUUAAUUAAUGUGUCAUUAAUACAUUAAUUAACAAACAAUCAUGUACUAACAUUUAAGGCAGCUGUUAUUCACACAUGAACUCAUGUGACUCAUGAUGUAGUUAAAGUUAGUUCAUGAUUAGCGCAACUAUUAACUCAUUAUAAAUUCAUAAUAAAGUAAUGUUUAGUUUACAUAUUAAUACAGCACUAUUCAUGGACUGUUAGUGUAAAGUGUUACCAUUAAAUUUAAUUGAGUUCUUGAGUCACUGAGGUGACAAAUAAUGCAUCUGAUUCUUUUGACCUGAAUUAAUCCUUUCUGAUUCAGUUUUUGUUUAAUGUGACAGGAUUUUACAUAUUUUCCAUGCCUAUCAUUUAUGCAUUAGUGUUGUGUACUUUGUUUGUAUAUUUACAAAGCUACAACUAAAUUGUUACACACCUGCACGUCAGUCUGAAUAAAUCAGCGAUUUUAAAAUA